AAGACACGUCAUUUUUCCUCGUCUAAACAUCCUUCAGUUGUGUAAUUUUUUGCAGCGACAAGGGAAACGUGCACAACAGUAAAGCAUUUAUCGCAAGAUGUCUCUUUUACGUGUUUGCUGCUCGACAGCUGGAGGUUUUGUUAAGAGAGGAUUGUUUUUAGAGUCGACUUAUCCUGCAUAUCAUAGGACAGCAGGAUAUGCUUCUGGUGGGGUGACCAAAGAUAAAGAACCUUUAAAGAAAGCAAAAACGCCCCAAGGACGCUUUGACAUGGACGAAAAUGAGCCCAAAUCUAAUGAUGUCCUUAAAAGAUUUCCAGAUGAUGUGAAUCCAGAAACUAAGGAGAAAGGUGGCCCCAGAGGCCCUGAACCGACACGAUUUGGUGACUGGGAAAGGAAGGGUCGUUGUAUUGAUUUUUAGAUUUGGCCUGCUAAAAUACUCAGAUUUAUUUAUUUUACCAUUUGAGUCAUUUGAAUGUAAUCAUUAAUUCAGCAUACAGAUAUAAAUAAGAUAAUUUUUGAACCUAGAAAUGAUGUUCGUCUCCACUGAUUAUGUGGGCCUAUGUAAUAGUGUGUAAGUGUGAAAAAGUAGUAAUUACUUGAAUGGAUCUGUGUAGUCUUUAAUUUGCAUUGUGAUAAGAAUCUGUAUGUGUAUAUAUUACUGGUGUAACAGUUCGAUACAUAUCACAAUACUGAACUCAUAUAAUAUUAUUGCUCCAAGACGUAUGUUAAAAGGUUAACAAAAAAUGUACUGUUGAUUAAAAUUAUACAUUUGAUGUUACAUUGAGGGUGUACAAGAAUAAGCUUGGAUUUGGUGCUGGUAACCCAAUGCACUGGACAAUGGUGACACCAUGAUACAAGUAGUCAUUAUUCUGAAGCUGAAAAUACAGAGUUAUUUUAGAUGAA